UCGUCUUCAUAAUUUACAUUUCCAAGUACGAAGUUCCUUCAUUUUAUUUGUACGGUAUUCAAUAAGACAAAAGUUCGAUCAAAUUUUUUGGUUUUGUUUAAUUUUUUUUAUAAAAUUGUACGUAGUAAUAUCGUAAAUGUUCAUGAUUAAAUAUUAGUGGUGAUGAAAAAAAAGAAGUUGAAGUAAUGGGCGGAGUUUGCGCCUGUUAGAAUACGAGGUAAAAAACAUUGUUUUACGAAAACAUAUAUUUUUGAUAUAACGAAUAAUAUUCCAAAGGAUCAGUUUCAAAGUAUUUUUAUGAAGCUUUGUAAAAAUUUGAAGUUCACGGAAGUACAGGUUAAGCGAACAGGAUUAGGAAAAGCGGUGAAAUCGCAUCAUAAAUAAAAUGGAUGCGCACGCGGAUAAUAAUACACGAGAGCAAGUGAGGAAAAGGUUUUAGAUAGAAAAAGAAGGAAAUGAAACAGCCGUUCUGAUUGGCUGAGGCGGCUAUUAUGGCCGCCGAUUGGCGCACGCAUGUACGCACACCAAGCUUUGAUGUAUACACGAACGCACGAACACGUGCGUGUAUCAGGAGCGUAGCAGUCGCUCGCGGCCGAGAAGAGUGAAAAGAGCGACAGAAACGGUCGGUCCGCGCGUUGCCUUGUAAGGCGGAGAGUUGGUGUGUGACGUCCGUGCGCGGAUGGCUCGAAGAACGCCGAUUUUCCUCAGCUUAUACAAGUAUCCUUGCUGAGCAGAGGAAAGAACAAGUGAAAGGAGAGUGCGGGCCGGGCGCGACGCCGACCAUCGACAUAACCACGUAUACGUAAAAUCCGACAAUCCGUCAAGUUUAAAGCUGCCGAAGGCACCAUUUUCAUCAUCUCUAUAGUGUGUAUAGCAAACUAGAAACUGAUUAUUAGACGUAACGUGAGUGUUCUUGAGCAAGGAAGGAAAUAUAUAAUAGUGAGAAAGUCGUGUUUUUCCGCAUCAUCUGGUAUACGAUAUACAUCCGCGAGUGUUGUGUGAACAAAUUCACUCUUGCGACGGAAAGAAAAAAAAAGGAAACGGCGACGAAUAAUAUUCUUAGUGCUGUAGUCUACAGUUGAUGGAUGAAACCAGCAGAAUGCUGCAACACGGAGGAUCAGGUGUGGGUCUGAUGGGAGGAAAUCAGGGUCAGGGGGCCCAAAAUACUGCCGGAUAUGGUAGUAUGGGACCUGUGGAUGGAACUGCAACACAAGGUCCGGAUCAGGCUGUUGAGGCUAGAAAACAGGACAUCAGUGAAAUUUUGCAACAAAUUAUGAACAUCACCGAUCAAAGCUUGGACGAGGCACAAGCAAGAAAACAUACUUUAAACUGUCACAGAAUGAAGCCCGCCCUGUUUUCAGUUUUGUGCGAAAUCAAAGAGAAAACAGGUGAGUCUCUAUUUUUCACUAUUAUACCUUCUUCUUCAAUUUGUGUCUUUACACAAGGACACAAAUAUUAAUACUUAUCGAUAUUUAUAUUUGUAGAAUAAUUAAGAUAAGUAUUGAUUUAUUGAUAUACGGUAAAUAAUCGCGACUCAAGACAAAGUUGCUUUUAUUAUUGCCUUUUAUUAUUCGUGACUUUCAUUUUAAUGUGAUCCACAAUAAUCUAGUUUUAUAUUAGCAAUUACCAUCUA